AUGGGCAGUGUGCGAACCAACCGCUACAGCAUUGUCUCUUCAGAAGAAGACGGGAUGAAGUUGGCCACCAUGGCGGUUGCAAAUGGCUUUGGGAAUGGGAAGAGUAAAGUCCACACUCGACAACAGUGCAGGAGCCGCUUUGUGAAGAAAGACGGCCACUGUAAUGUUCAGUUCAUCAAUGUGGGUGAGAAGGGACAACGGUACCUCGCAGAUAUCUUUACCACAUGUGUGGACAUUCGCUGGAGAUGGAUGCUGGUUAUCUUCUGUCUGGCUUUCGUUCUCUCGUGGCUGUUUUUUGGCUGUGUGUUUUGGUUGAUAGCUUUGCUCCAUGGGGAUCUGGAUGCAUCUAAAGAGAGCAAAGCUUGUGUGUCGGAGGUCAACAGCUUCACAGCUGCCUUCCUCUUCUCCAUCGAGACCCAGACAACCAUCGGCUAUGGCUUCAGGUGUGUCACGGACGAAUGCCCAAUUGCUGUUUUUAUGGUGGUGUUCCAGUCCAUCGUGGGCUGCAUCAUUGAUGCGUUUAUCAUUGGCGCAGUCAUGGCAAAGAUGGCAAAGCCGAAGAAGAGAAAUGAGACUCUUGUCUUCAGUCACAAUGCUGUGAUCGCCAUGAGAGAUGGCAAACUGUGUUUGAUGUGGCGGGUGGGCAAUCUUCGGAAAAGCCAUUUGGUGGAAGCUCACGUGAGAGCACAGCUGCUCAAAUCCAGAAUUACUUCCGAAGGGGAGUACAUCCCCCUGGAUCAAAUAGAUAUCAACGUUGGGUUUGACAGUGGAAUUGAUCGCAUAUUUCUGGUGUCCCCCAUCACUAUAGUCCAUGAAAUAGAUGAAGAUAGUCCUUUAUAUGAUUUGAGUAAACAGGACAUUGACAAUGCAGACUUUGAAAUUGUUGUGAUACUGGAAGGCAUGGUGGAAGCCACGGCCAUGACAACACAGUGUCGUAGCUCAUAUCUGGCCAAUGAAAUCCUUUGGGGCCACCGCUAUGAGCCUGUACUCUUUGAAGAGAAGCACUAUUACAAAGUGGACUACUCAAGGUUCCACAAGACUUAUGAAGUGCCCAACACUCCCCUUUGUAGUGCCAGAGACUUAGCAGAAAAGAAAUAUAUCCUCUCAAAUGCUAAUUCAUUUUGCUAUGAAAACGAAGUUGCCCUCACAAGCAAAGAGGAAGAUGACAGUGAAAACGGAGUCCCAGAAAGCACUAGUACAGACACACCCCCUGACAUAGACCUUCACAACCAGGCAAGUGUACCUCUAGAGCCCAGGCCCUUACGGCGAGAGUCGGAGAUAUGA